AAUAACAGUUACCGAGGUAACGGGUUUUAGAUCAGUUCGCCGUGAAAGCUGAACUCGUAAACAUCUUUCUUGUUGACUUUCAACGAUCAAAAUUUUAUCAUUUCCCGUCUCAAAAUGGCAAAUAUGAGACAAAUCCCUUUAACCUGCAGUGGACACACACGACCUGUUGUGCAUUUAGAUUUCAGUGGUAUCACGUCCUGUUCGUAUUUCUUGAUAUCGGCCUGUAAAGAUGGAAAGCCAAUGUUGAGGCAAGGUGACACGGGAGAUUGGAUUGGCACUUUUGAAGGCCACAAGGGGGCUGUCUGGGGAGUAGCCCUUAAUUCUGACGCUACCAAGGCUGCCAGUGGGGCAGCUGAUUUCACUUGUAAAGUAUGGGAUGCAAUAUCUGGCGAUGAAUUGCAUUCUUUCCAACACAACCAUAUCGUGAAAAGCGUCAAUUUUUCCAAAGACAGCAACUACUUAGUGACCGGCAGUAAUGAGAAGCUUGUCAGAGUGUUCAAUCUCGUCAAUCCGGAAUCUGCGCCUGAAGUAUAUACUGGGCACACUGCAGGUAUAAAGCACGUACAAUUCUUCAGAAACGACACCCACCUCAUCUCAUGCGCGGACGAUAAAACACUCAGGGUGUGGGACAGAUCUACUGGCGACGAGGUUCAAAAGUUCGAGUUUCCUUCUGUGCCGAGCAGUUUCGAGGUAUCACGUGACGGCUCAGUAAUCACAGUCACCCAUUCCAACCACGUGGUCUUCCUGGACGCGGAACGCCUCAACAAAAUACGGGAAUUCCAACUGCCAACGACUGUCAAUUCCGCUUCGUUACACCCAGACAAAAGUAUUUUCGUAGCUGGUGGCGACGACCUCAAAGUGUACAAAUUCGACUAUACCACGGGCAGCGAAAUAGAGUCCUUCAAAGGCCACUUCGGACCAGUCCAUUGCGUGAAGUUUUCUCCAGAUGGUGAGCUAUACGCGUCAGGUUCAGAAGAUGGAACGUUGAGGUUAUGGCAAACGACAGUAGGAAAAACCUACGGUUUGUGGAAAUGCCUAGAUGGUUCUCAGGUCAACAACGAUUCGCUUCCAGCUAUGAAGGAAGUGCAAGCCAUGUAAAUGAACAAACAUCCCACCAAACCUUAUACAUUUUAUUUGGCAGUGUGAUCCGCAAAUUUUUUUAUAAUUUUCAUUUUCGUAUAUGAAAAAUUAGGUCCAGUUUGAGAAUAUUGGAGGCCGAUAAUUUUACAAACUUGGACGAUUAUUAUCUCAAUUCUCUUGGUAAUUUCUAGAUCACACUGUUGAUGGAGGUUAAUGUGUGAUGAUAUAUUCGAUAAAUAUUAUAUUUAUAAAUGAUUCCCAAGUCUGACACUGGUAGUGCUCCUUGUGAUGAGAUGAGGAGUAGACAUUGUAUUACCUACAUUUUUGUUAUGUUGGAAUUUUUUUUUAUAUUAUGAAUUUGGAAAUAUAUUUAAUGAAUUUUUGUGAA